ACUCGCUAUACCUCGCUGCUCACACCCGAAACACACUCUCCCAGCGCCAACUGUUGAUCUCGCGAGUCUGCUCGCGAUAGCACCAAAACGGUGGAUUAAAGCAGGAAUUUACGGUCAUCCGCCGUUAUACACUCGUUUGUUUUUUUUCAGAAACGCCCUACGACUACUUUUGGAGAUUCUCCAGCUGCGUUUCACGACGUCGCUUUAUCUUGAAUUAAUUGACAUCACCCAUGUCACAACACUCGUUCAACAUGCGCUGGGACUAUAAUACAAAGGACGUAAACGAUAAAUUAGCAGGUCUCCGAGAGAACGUCGCCCAACUUCGUAUUGGCAGCUACGACAAACGGUUUUCCAUUGAUUCUUCCAUUACGAGCCAGACCACCGUCACGAACUCUGACGAGAACGGAUCACUCGGUCGUCGAAACAGCACUAACCAGUUCUUCUCCAUUACUCCUUCUUCGGAAAAACGCUAUUCAAGCAAGCUGGACAAGUUUAUGGAUGCGUCCGACUCCCAGCAGGACACCCAGGCUCAAUCCUCCUUCUCAUCUUCCUUCAAGAAUGUUUCCUCCUCCACAACUGUGCCGAGAGCACCCCUGUCUUCCUUUCGCUCAAUUCAAUCCCAAAAAACUACCGACACUUCUCGCUCUCAGCACUCGCUUAGUUCCAGCUUCACAGAGCAACGAUCACCCUUCGGCACUCCGAAAGACGGUCUGUCGUACGUCUCCAACAAAACUCUUCGGAACAAUUGGCCCGUCAGUGUCAACGUGAACACAUACGUGAACGCUCAAAUGAAUGGUGUCAAUGCUCUUAACGGUUCUGUACCCGUCACCCCCUGUAAGACUACUUCAGCCGUCCCCCCCGUGCCGAAUAUUCCUAGCGAGUAUACUGGAAGCGUGCCGCAUUCUGUGGGUUCACGCCGUGUUUCAGCGGAUUUCCGAAAUCAAGUGAAAUCUGCUUCUCACAGCAGACGUUCCUCUGCUGCAUUUAAUCCGUCAACUCCUUUCUCCAAAGAGAAUUCCGGUCAUGCUGACAAGAACCACAACGCAGCCGGGCACUCUAUCUCCCAGAAGGCUCACCCGUCUACCCGCGCCCAGCGUCACGAACGAAGGGCUUCGAGGGGAAAGCCCUCGAUGGAGGAUUCACGACCUGCGAAACCGGCCAAGGAGGGGCGUUCCUCUCGUGGUGGCUUCUUUAGCCGUCUUAGCUUUUCUCGCAGUUCCUCUCGUAACCGAAAAGCUCACAAACAUCAAGAAGAAAACGCACCGACGGUGCCGGUUAUUCCGGCUACCUACUUGAAGUCAAAAGAUUCCAAAGAAUUGAAGGAUGGAAAGAAGACACCAACUCGUACCAAGAGCCGGAUGCAGCAAUUGUUCAGUUGGUUGAAGGGUUCCCGGAGUAAACAGGCCAGUACUGCUAGUAACAGUCCUCCUCCGCCAGUCCCCGUUGACACUCGUGUAACGACUAUUCGAAGCCAUCGUGCUACUGAAAGUAAUCCUAACGCCAAACCGGCGCCAGCAGCAACGGCAACAUCGCCUUUCAAGAAAUCCGACAUACCUCCGGUUCCCGCACUUCCUACAGCUCUAUUGAAAAAAGACAAGCCAGAACAAGCAUACCGCAGUGUGUCAUUUGGCGAUAACAGAAAGAGCACUAACGCACCGGCCACUACUACUACUGCUGCUACUACUGCUGCUACCACGACCACGACCACGACCACUUCAAUCCCUUCUCUCUCCGUCAGUCCUUCGAUUUCGGCGUCGACUUCUUUUGUUGAGCCAUUCGAUCGAAAAGUUGCCGACCUUGCCAUGAAGGCAAUCAACAGCAAGCGAAUCAAUAAGCUUCUCAGUGAAGCAAAGGUAAUGCAAUCCUUAUUGGAUCGUGCUUGUAAAGUCUUGCCGGUUCCUUCUAGCGAUGCGUCAUUACUCAACGGUGCAACGUUGACAGAGUUUGAAGAUCAAGAAAUACAAGACUACGACUGCGUGUUCUUUACCGGAACACCAGGAAUUGACAAGACCCGUCCUAAUGAACCGUAUAAUAAUGGAUUUGACGACGAGCGGGGUGAUUACCGUGUCAUUCUUGGUGAUCACAUUGCCUACCGGUUUGAAGUCAUCGACUUUCUGGGUAAAGGUAGUUUCGGUCAAGUUUUACGGUGUAUCGACUACAAGACAGGAAAACUUGUUGCGUUGAAAAUUAUCCGAAACAAAAAACGUUUCCACGUUCAAGCUCUCGUCGAGACUAAAAUUCUGCAGCAAAUCCGUGAAUGGGAUCCUAAUGACGACUGUUGUAUGGUUCGCUAUACCGACCAUUUUUAUUUUAGAGACCAUUUAUGUGUCGCUACAGAACUUCUUGGCAUGAAUUUGUACGAGCUAAUUAAAAGCAACAACUUUAAAGGUCUUCCUAUUGUUGUUAUCCGCAGUAUCACAAAACAGAUUUUGCAAUGCUUGUUACUGCUACGUACCAAGCAUGUAAUUCAUUGCGAUCUUAAGCCUGAAAACAUACUGCUCUGCCACCCUCUCAAAUCUCAAAUCAAGGUGAUUGACUUUGGUAGCAGUUGUUUCGAAAACGAACGCGUCUACACUUACAUCCAGUCUCGGUUCUACCGUUCUCCUGAAGUAAUACUAGGUUUAGGGUACGGCACACCUAUCGAUAUGUGGAGUUUGGGCUGUAUUAUUGCUGAAAUGUUUACUGGCUUCCCACUAUUCCCGGGUGAAAAUGAACAAGAACAGUUAGCCUGUAUCAUGGAAAUAUUCGGUCCCCCUGAGCUUUCGUUAAUUGAAAAAUGCACUCGUCGCAAAGUCUUCUUCGAUUCUGCUGGAAAGCCCAGAUUAGUUGUUUCAUCUAAGGGCAAGUGCAGAAAGCCGUUUACAAAGUCACUUUACCAAGCUUUGCAAUGCAAAGAUGUCUCCUUCCUUAACUUUAUUUCAGCUUGUCUGCGCUGGGACCCGAAUGAGAGAAUGACUCCUGAGGAAGCUAUGCAACACGACUUCAUUACAGGCCGACAGGAGACUCAGCGCCCUAGCACCGCUCCAGCACGUCAAAAACUCACCAAGUCUUCUCUGUCAGAGUUGCCUUCUCGACCUUUGCCGAAUGUUCCACAAGAUGGCACUACUUCUGAAGCCGUGCAGCCGCUCGCUGGCUCUAUUGCCGUUCCAAAGAAACCAACUUUCACUCAUUAUACAGAGGCAAGCGUUCCUGUGAGCACCGGCCCGGCUUUUGACAAAUUUUAAUUUUCUCGAGAGUGUGAAAAUUUGUUUAUUUUUUAUAUUUUUUGAUCUUAUGAAUUGCAUGCCACCUUAACGGGUCACAAACCUUCAGGCUUUUUUCAUUUCUUUUAUCUGCAAUAUGUUACGAGUUUGAUAAUUCACCUUCCUUUCUCUUAUGAUGCACGAAUUUGGUUACAUUGUGGCUUGUUUAACGAGCCGAGGCAAGUGAUUAUUCACAGCCUUGCUAGGCAUUGUUUUCCGUGUAGCUUAUUGCCUUUAAGCAUGGUUUUAAGCCGCUUCCUUUCACUAUUUAAAGCUAACAUUCUGUUUGUAUAAUAAAAUUUACAACACUAUUUCAAUGGAUAUAUUGAAUAUAAAUAACAUUGAAUCUGUGCCAACACUUGAACUCGGAUUUGUAUCAAAAAAGAUAUGAGGGUUCACGACUUCUCACAGCGAGAAAUAAUGCUUUACUUUAGAAUAAUAAAUUUUGUGUUUAUUGAGUAAGUAAAGAUAACUUUUUAUGUACUCC